CUUCUAAUCUGGGAGAAAGUGUUUCUGUCCGGGUGACAACCUUAGCGAUGGUGCCAAUAAGUUGAAGUCGAUUUACCAGUUUGAAUCUAAGGACACGUUUUCAAGACAGACUCGUCCAUUACCGACUAGACGCUGAUUAACAUGGCUUUAAUGCUAGUAGCAGUCGGGGUGUUGUCUGCCGGGGUUCUGAUUGUGUAUUUGAGUGGUGCUUUUAGACGCUCUUCUGGUCCCCCCCGUAACAUAGUGCCAGUGUUAGAUGGGUGGUGGGGACGAGGCAAAAAACCAGAGGAGGAGGAAGAUGCGGCAAUUAGGGAAUUCAAGCUGGAGGUAUCUGCUGAAGAAUUGGAAGAUCUUAAUGAUCGUUUGAGAAAGGCCCGAUGGUUUGAGAGUGUUGAAGAAACCAAGUUUCAUUUUGGUAUCAAACCAGAAUACAUGAAGUUAAUACAGGAAUACUGGCUCAACGAAUACGAUUGGCGUAAACAAGAGAAGCGUCUGAACAAGUAUCCACAGUUUAAGACAAAUAUUGAAGGAAUUGAUAUCCACUUUGUACGAGCCACACCCAGUAAGCUGAAACCUGGACAGAGAGCAAAACCAAUAAUGAUGGUGCAUGGAUGGCCAGGAUCGUUCUACGAGUUCUUUAAGAUUAUUCCAAUGUUAAUCGACCCGACUAAUCAUGGAGGGACUGAUGUGGACGUAUUUGAAGUAAUCUGCCCAUCUCUUCCCGGGUACGGCUUCUCUGAGGCUGCGCAUAAACAAGGUCUGAACGUGAGGGAGAUUGGCCGUAUUUUCCACAAGUUGAUGCUUCGAUUGGGGUUUGAAAGUUACUACCUUCAAGGAGGUGAUUGGGGGUCUAUGGUGAUUGAUCAGACGGCUGGAAUGUUCCCAAAACACGUGCGUGGAAUGCACAGUAAUUUUACUUCACAACUCGCUCCAUUGAGUCAGGUGGUACUCGGCAAGCUGGUCCCGUCUCUUGUCCUAGAUGACGAAUCGUAUGGUAAAUUUCUUCCAAGUUGGAGUCGUAUUGUUUUCGGGUUGAAGGAGUUUGGGUAUCUACAUUUGAAUGCAACUAAACCAGACACUAUCGGACACGCCCUCACCGACUCCCCAAUUGGGCUCGCUGCUUACAUCAUUGAGAAGUUUUCUGUUUGGACCAAUUACGAUUGGAUUGACUUGGACGACGGCGGACUGGAUGGCUAUUGGUCGAAAGAUGAUCUGCUAAAUAACGUCAUGAUCUAUUGGGUGUCAGGAUGCAUUACGUCAUCAUUGCGUCUGUACAAAGAGACCAUUCCAAGAUCGUCUGAGCUUAAAAAGUUCAUAAACACCGUUCCAACUGGUUUGGCUGAUCUUCCAAAUGAUCUUAACCGAAGCCAACGUAACUGGGCAGCCCGUCACUUCAGCAACAUUAUCACCUAUCGAACCUACCCAACCGGCGGCCAUUUUGCAGCAUUAGAAGUCCCUAAGUUACUUGCAGAAGACGUCAGAAAUUUUGUGCAAAAGGUAGAAGAACUUUACCCAGAAGUAAUGUCGUCGGAGUCAUAAUUAAAUGUGAUUCAUAAUAUCAUGAUUCUAUGAUAGAAAGGUUUGAAGCAAAAUUAAUGAUCGUUUAGAGUGUAUCCAAUGGGGUUGGAAAAGGUUAACCGAGACAGUACUCAAUAUUUGUCAACAGAUUUUGAUUGUUUUCAAUGUUAAUACAAAUUUUUCAAAUUCGUCAUGCAUUAGUUUCAGAGAGACAUGACAUUGAUCAUUAUCUGACUGCGCGUUUUGGAACCAGUUUUUAAAAUAAGAUUGUUAUAACUAUGAACGUGAAACAUGGCGUACCAAACGGAAAGGCUCGUGGGGUCAAGGUCGUAAGGGAAAGGCUGGUGGGGUCACCGACUAAGGGAAAGGCUCGUGAAGUUAGCUCGCGGGCCAAGGGAAAUGCCCGUGGAGUCGAGCUCGUACCCAAGGGAAAGGCUGGCGGGGUCGAGCUUGUACCAAAGGGAAGUGCCCGUGGAGUCGAGCUCGUACCCAAGGGAAAGGCUGGCGGGGUCGAGCUUGUACCGAAGGGAAGUGCCCGUGGAGUCGAGCUCGUACCCAAUCAAGUUUGUUUUCUGUGUUUUACUUUAGAAGGAGCCCUCAAACGAUACUGGUACAGAUACUGCUUUUCAGAACCGUUGGGUACGAUCAAUUAAUAUGAUAAACUUGCAGUGACGUAUUAAGCUUUAUAUGUGUUUGAUUGAUCCGAGUUGACGUUUGACAGCUGCACAUGCCGUCACCUGCAUAUGAUUAUAGGUGAAAGGUGAAGAUGAACGGGGAUUGGCCGAUUAUUUCUGUUAUACUGACUGGAGCGGAUUGGCGGCCAUUUUGAAACACCCAAAAGAUGCACAUAGCGGGUAAUCAAACUACGAUGUAUUUUUUACUUUAAAGAGUGCAUUUUCUCACAUAAACAUGUUGUUUUUCCCAGUGCUUAUUUAUAUGCACACACUGUUGGUAUAUGAUAUUAAAAACAAAUAAACAAUCGCGAAAAAUAGACAGCAUGUCUUUCCACAAACAUGGUAUAAUCUAUUAUUGCAGUUUUUCCCGCACAAGCAGAUAUUUUGCUAAAUAAUUUCGGCUAUAAAAAAUAGGAUUGUAUGCAGAUAUUUGCAGUUUUGGGUGUUUCAAAAUGGCGUCCUUUGUGACUUCAUUGAACGCACUCGACCCGCUAUGAGAUCAGUGGGAUUGACUUACGCUAUAGAGGCCACUCUCUGGCGUUAUUUACGAGCCUCGAAGUGUGACGUCAGAUGUUCGGUCUACCACCUCAACCCACACCAUCCCCCAAGCAAAAUCUUUUUACAUCCCAUACCUCUUGCCAGUGUUAGGUGCACCAUCACGGGUUUCAAUGGUUCCUUGAAAUCUAUCCAAGAUGGAAAAUUGUUGCUCUUGGAAAAGUACUUUGUAAUGGAAAAAAAUGACACAUGAUCACGUAAUGAAGUAUAAACAUCGUCCCUAUGAUUACACAAACUUAUUUAAUUUGAUUUGUAUGGUAUACUUAUACAAUCAUAUAUUAUUAUAAUUACAUUUUAAAUGAAACAUUUUCUGAGUGUGCAUUCUUCGUCCAUUUUAAAGUGUUCACGUUGAUUUAGGUAGACUUGUUAUUAUAUUUGUAAUAAUAGAAGAAGUUUGUUCAAAGAUCGCC